UUGUGUAAUAUUUUGUUCCUCGCGUUCGAAAGACUAUAUCCUAAAUCUGUCCUGCGUGGUGCGCGGUUCUAUUGCGGCGCGUUCUUAGACUUUAACCCGCGGAGUGCGGAGCCUCUCCGCGGUGUCAGGCUUCACUCACCGCGAGAGGUUCCGUACACCGCGCGCCGCGCCGCAGUGGGCCCGCGACUGUUGCAGGCGGCCUAA